AUGGUAGACAGAGAUCCAGGCACACCUACCUGGAAGUUCACACAAUGCUUCGGCGAUAAGGGCGAUGUAGAGGACAUUACAGAAGCGGACAUCAUCUCGACCGUCGAAUUUGACCACACCGGAAAUUACUUGGCCACAGGUGACAAGGGAGGAAGAGUGGUGCUGUUCGAGAGGAACGAGACGAAAAAAACCUGCGAAUAUAAGUUUCACACCGAGUUCCAGUCACACGAGCCGGAGUUCGAUUAUCUCAAGUCGCUAGAGAUUGAAGAGAAAAUCAACAAGAUUAAAUGGUGCCGACGACAAAAUGCAUCCCAUUUCCUCCUCUCCACGAACGACAAGACGAUAAAGCUUUGGAAGGUCUUCGACAAAUCCUUGAAGGUGGUCGCAGAGAACAACUUAUCGAAUGAACUUACACCCGCCAACCCCAUCGGCGCCGGCGGGGGCAUGUCUCGUGCUCCUCGCGUCUCAUUCAAAGACCCUGCUGCCCUCAAACUCCCCCGCCUGACACACCAUGACACCGUGGUUGCCGCCGUUCCGCGCAAAACAUACGCCAACGCCCACGCGUAUCAUAUAAAUAGCAUCUCCGUUAACAGUGACGGCGAAACCUUUAUCAGCAGCGACGAUCUCCGGGUGAAUUUGUGGAACCUCAACAUCCAGGACCAGAGCUUCAACAUCGUGGAUAUCAAGCCUGCCAAUAUGGAAGAGCUCACCGAGGUCAUCACGGCGGCCGAGUUCCACCCCGUCAGCUGCAACUGGUUCAUGUACGCCAGCUCCAAGGGCACGAUCAAACUUGCGGAUAUGCGACAGCGGGCUCUGUGUGACGAACAUUCUAAGCAGUUCGAACAAGAAGAGGAUGCCUCGUCCCGCUCGUUCUUCUCCGAGAUCAUUUCUUCCAUUUCCGACGUGCGAUUCUCCAACGACGGCCGCUACAUCGUGUCUAGGGAUUAUCUGACAGUGAAGAUUUGGGAUGUCAACAUGGAGCGACAACCCGUCAAGACUAUCCCCAUCCAUGAGCACCUGCGCCCCCGUCUCUGCGACACUUACGAGAACGACAGCAUCUUCGAUAAGUUCGAGGUGGUCUUCUCUGGUGAUGCUGAUAACGUCAUGACCGGAAGCUACAACAACAAUUUCAUGAUCUACCCCACAGAAGAACAGAAGGAUACCGAGGUUGUGCUCCAGGCGGACAAGUCGGCUUUCAAGGCAAAGAAGGUCGGUGUACCGACGCCUAUGAGCAAGAGUAAUGGAAAGAAGGCCGGCUCGCGAUCCGGUAGCCCUGCUGGUCCCGGCAGUCGGAUGAAGAAGGAAACCGAUGCCGACCAGAUUGACUUCAACAAGAAGAUCCUGCACAUGAGCUGGCAUCCGUUUGAAGACAGCAUUGCCAUUGCGGCGACAAACAAUCUCUUUGUUUUCUCCGCUCUUUAA